UUUCCAUUUUCCAACUGCAAACACCGCUGCAUUGCAAUUUGCAAACUAUUCAUACUUUUCAAUUCAAAUUUGUGAAAUUUCUCUGUCUCUGUCUCUCUCUCUCGUAUACAUAACACAUACACAUUCAAUUCAAUUCAAUUCCGAUCCUAGCUCUCUCUCUCUCUCUCUCUCUCUCUCUCGUAUACAUAACACAUACACAUUCAACUUAAUUCCAAUCCUAGCUCUUCCUCUCUCUCUCUCUCUCUCACACACACACACAUACACAUACCCUUAACACGACAACAAUGGAUUCCAUUGGUUUCGUCUGCCCUCGCCUUCCAGGCGCUACCUCAGCACUCCAUCACCACCAAUUACCGUGCAUUCUUACGUGUCAAAGCCUCAUCCCACGCCCACCUUCUUCUCGCCGACGACUCGCCAUUUCCGCCAUUGCCUCCUCCACCGCCAAUUCCACACCGCUAAGAAGUGGAACCUACACUGUCUGUGAUUUUAUGACGAAAAUGGAAGAUUUACAUGUUGUGAAAACCACGACGACAAUCGAUGAAGCUCUGGAGACUCUUGUGGAUGAAAGAAUUACAGCCUUUCCUGUGAUUGAUGAUGAUUCCAAAUUGGUUGGUGUUGUUUCAGACUAUGACUUGUUAGCUCUCGACGCUAUCUCAGGUUGUGGUGAAGCUGGUGCAAACAUAUUUCCUGAUGUUCAUAGUUCCUGGAAAAGAUUUAAUGAGAUUCAGAGACUGCUUAGUAAAACUAAUGGGAAAGUUGUUGGCGAUAUGAUGACUCCUGAUCCACUUGUUGUUCGUGAAACCACUAAUCUUGAAGAUGCUGUGAGGUUGUUGAUUGAAACAAAAUAUCACCGAUUGCCCGUCGUAGAUAGUGAUGGCAGGCUGGUUGGAAUUAUUACAAGGGGAAAUGUUGUUGGAGCUGCCCUUCAGAUUAGACGUGCCAGUAAGAGGAUGCCACAUUUGAAGAUCAUGACCGAUUAAGGAUCUGGGAAGCUCACUGAAGAAAGACGGCAUUUGCUAGGACCAAAGUUGAAGGAAAAUCUUGUACCAUAAAGGGGCUAUGAAGGAAAUUUUUUCAACAUUUAUAGAAGAAUUGUAAUUUCUUAUGGAGGUUAA